AGAUGAAUAUGAUAUAAGAUUGUCGAUCCGCCCCCCAAAGGCCAAACCCCUGUAAGGAUCGAGUCGAGAGGGAAAUGGUGUCGCUGAAGCUACAGAAGAGGCUCGCCGCCAGCGUCCUCAAGUGCGGUAGAGGCAAGGUUUGGCUGGAUCCCAAUGAAGGCAAUGAGAUUUCCAUGGCCAAUUCCCGUCAGAACAUCAGGAAGUUAGUGAAAGAUGGUUUUAUCAUCAGGAAGCCUACGAAGAUCCACUCGCGAUCGCGUGCUCGUCGUAUGAAGGAAGCAAAAAGAAAGGGGCGUCACUCAGGAUAUGGUAAACGCAAGGGUACACGGGAGGCGCGGCUGCCAACAAAGAUAUUGUGGAUGAGGAGGAUGAGGGUGUUGAGGAGGUUGCUGAGAAAGUACCGAGAGUCAAAGAAGAUAGACAAGCAUAUGUACCAUGACAUGUACAUGAAGGUGAAGGGUAAUGUUUUCAAGAAUAAGCGUGUGCUCAUGGAAAGCAUUCACAAAUCCAAGGCUGAGAAGGCCAGAGAGAAGACACUUUCUGACCAGUUUGAAGCCAAGCGAGCCAAGAACAAGGCAAGCAGGGAAAGGAAGAUGGCACGAAGGGAGGAACGUUUGGCUCAGGGCCCACAGGAGAGAGCACCAGCACCAGCACCCGCUGCUCCAGUAGCACAGGCACCAAAGAAAUCAAAGAAGUGACUGGUCGAAGUUUUCCAUAUUAAUGCAGUUUAGUCUCUUUUUUUUGACAUGUUUAUUUUUGUCGCUUUCUCAUGAAACAAUUUUAUUUAGGAGGUGAAAAGAAAACCGACCACUUGUUUAAUGUCUUUUUGUUAUAUAUUUACAUUACCUUUAAUUUGAUUAAACUUUUUGUUGACUCAAAGCAAAGGAUUUUGUUUGCAAACUA